CACCCCUGCCAAUAGAGCACAAUUUUCACUAUUGAAUAUAUGGGGCGAUUCCCGGAAUAAAGUGAAUUUGGCCAAACGGGUCCUUCCACUUUCUCUUGCACCAAUUCUUGAACAUGUUUUGUACCUUAAACCCUGCUAAAACCCUUGUCCCACCUUUCUUGUUUAGCUUCAGAAACCUCUCAACACCUUCAAAGAUUCAAUCUUUGUCACUCUCUAGAGAUGGGAAUUUUGAGGAAUCCAUUAUUAAUGUUGUUAAAAGUCCAAACUAUGCUAAUGAACAUUAACAAGAAUGCAAUUCUUUCAAAAGGGUUUGCUUAAUGAGCAUGAAAAUCAAGAAAAUGUUGAAAAAGUAGUUGUUUGAGCUAGUAGCAGUCAUAGUUUGAAGCAUUAUGGGAAGGUUAAUGAACAUUAACAAGAAUCCAAUUCUUUCAAAAGGGGUUUGCUUUAGGAGCAUCAAAAUCAAGAAAAUGUUGAAAAAACAGUUAGUUUGAGCUAGUAGUUGUCAUAGUUUGAAGCAUUAUGGGAAGGUUAAGGACCCUAGAGAUGGUGUCUGAACCAAAGCAACUAGGGUUUCAUCAAGCCUAGUGUUAAACCCAAAUUAUAAAGGUGAAAAACCAGUUGUUUGUGCUAAGUAUCAUAGUUUGAAGUAUUAUGGGAAGGUAAAGGGCCUGAGUGUAGAGAAUUUAUUGCCUGAUUUUGAUUUUGAUCACACUGUUGGGAGGAGGUUGAUGUUGAGUAUUGGGGCGAGGGCUGUUGUUUUAAUGGUGGUUGAUGCAUCAUUUCCUAGGGAAGUAGCUCAGUUAGUUUCUAGGACAAUUGAAGAGGAUUCGCGAGCAUAGAAGGAGGGAAAAUUAGGGAAUGUAGAAACCUUUAAGGUUGAGAACUGGUGGUGCAGCAUAGUUUGUUAGAUGACUUAGGUUCAUAAAAGGACCCUCUAGCAGGGGCCAGAUGCUUCAGCAUACUAUUCGUAAUUAAGUACCUUAUAUUUUACUACUGACUCAGAAGUCCCUAGCAGAUGUAGAAACCUGAUUUAGUUUCUUUCGUGCUUUGACAGUCUGUUGAUAUUGCUGCUUCUGGUCUUGAUUGGUUUUCCAUUGGACUAAAGGAAGAGGCUAAACUAGUUUUUUGGACAUUUGAUGGCAUUGAUGUCAUCGUUCGCAAUGCAUUACUCCCAAACAGAUUCCAUGAUUUUGAAGUUGCUAAACUUCACUGUUUCAAAAAUUGUUUCCACUACUGACCGCACCUCCAAUAAGCAGUGCCGCAAUGAGAAAAAGAGGAAAUUGAGCGACUCUACUGCAGAAAAACCUGCUGAAUCAUCAACUGUCGAUGUGACUUCAACUACCUGCUAAUUGUGGAUGCAUUUAAACUCUGGAAAACUUGCUAAGUUCGUCAUUCAUUUUGGAACCAAAAAGAAAAUUCUUUACCUUCUCAGAAAGAAAUGUACUUUGCUUGUCCCAGACUGGAAUGCAGAUUGGAAGUGAGAAUAAUUGCCAAUUUUACCUCUCCAAGACCUGGAUAAGUUGAUGUGGUUCUACCAUGAUUUUUCUCCCCUGCAAAGAAGAAAUGCGGCAUCAAAACCAGAGAAAUGCAUUAAACAAAGGCAUUCAGGUAUCAUAUUUAAUUCUGCUGAUUAUGAGUUGUUUGUAUGGAGGUUCUCUCAGGCUGGUAAUGAGUUGUAUAAAUAGGGCCCAUUCUGCACGUGAUGCUUCCAACAAGAUUUUCUCCAUACCCAGGACUCUAACCCGAGACCUCUGCUUAAGGGUGUACAACCCAUGCUGCGUCCAAAUGGCCACAUGUUAUGGUGAAGUGCAAGUCAAAAGUACAUGUAUGUUCAAUUUUCCGCAAGAUUCUGACCCAAAACAACCAGGGUUUCAUGAAGCCUUGUACUAAAAGUCCAAUCGUUGAUGAGCUAGAAAUAUCGUUUUCUUUCGAAAGGGGUUUGCUCAAUGAGCAUGAAAAUCAAGAAAAUGUUGAAAACCAGUUGUUCCUGCUCGGUGUCAUCGUUUGAGGAAGGAUCAGGACUGUCAAGAGAGCUAGAAGAUCAGAUUUGAGGAGGAUAUAUAUUGUUAUCAAUGUAUAGUGGUUUAUAUAGAUAGCAUGGCUCCCGGAGGUAGCAAGUACCAGGAUAUUAGGAAUCCCCGAAGUGCAGAUUCUGAUUAUGGUAUUGCACCAGAAAGUGCUGAAUUCACAAACUCCCCAAUAUCUGCAGCUAUAACUGGUGGGAAGCAUGGAGCGGGAUCUAAUAGUGUUGUUCAUGAGCUACUUGAAUGCCCUGUUUGUAUGGAUCCAAUGCACCCGCCAAUUCAGCAGUGUCCAAAUGGUCACACGUUAUGCGUGAAGUGCAAGUCAAAAGUACAUGUAUGUCCAAUUUGCCGCCAUGAACUUGGAAACAUAAGAUGUCUAGCACUGGAAAAAAUUUCCGAGUCAAUAGAAUUGCCAUGCCGAUACCAAAUUUAUGGCUGUCAAGAUAUAUUCACUUAUCAUAUGAGCCUGCUACAUGAGCAGAACUGCAAGUUUCGACCAUACAAUUGCCCGUAUGCAAGAUCUGAAUGCGCUGUUACUGGUGAUAUUCAGCACCUCAUUGCACACCUAAAAGAAGAUCACAAGGUCGAUAUGCAUGAUGGGUGUACCUUCAAUCAUGUUUUUGUCGAAUCUAAUCCUCAAGAAGUAGAGAAUGCUGCAUGGGAGUUGCCG